AUGGCUGGCUCCGGGUCUCCUCUUCCGAGCCCCACGAUCCGGUACGACGGCGAAGGAAGCCCCUACGCGUCCUCCGCCAUCCUCCCUUCCCCCAACUCCAGUCCUUCCCGGAGAGUCCACCUCGCUCCUCCCGAUGUCAACGCUCUCCUCCGUUCCAAGCGUCGCUGGUGGCGCCGCGGCUGUGCACUGCCAACCACCAUGCCGAGGAGUGCGCGCAUGGCACUCAUGUGUGUUAGCGUAGCUCUCGGCGCUGUCACCGCCAACGGAGUGUAUUGCUGGCCUACCUAUGGCCCUGUCGUCUCCCAGAUCCUGGCUUUGAACGGUGCACAGACGCAGACAAUUAUAACUGGUGGUAUUCUCGGCGUGUACCUCUGCGCCGCUCCACUAGGUGCACUCGUCGACCGUUGGGGGCCACGCGCAGGCUCGCUGAUAAGUGCCUUGCUUUCCGCUCUGGGCUACUUCUCAUUCGCGGCCGUCCUAUCAGCUGGGCCUGAGGCGGCCACGGAGCAGACAUACCUUGCGCUCGCAGCGUGUUACUUUGCGAUUGGUGCAGCGACCGUUGGCAGCUACUUUGCUGCUCUGACAACAGCGAGCCUGUCGUUCCCGUCCCACCCGACCCUUUCGCUUUCGUUGCCGCUUUCGCUCAUCGGCCUCUCGUCGCUGUUCCUGUCGAGCUUCUCCAACCUCCCCGUGUUCAUUGACAGCGAGGAUGGCGAGAUUGACGCAACAAAGUACAUCGCGUUCCUCGGCUGCCUGGCCGUUUCCGUCAAUCUCUUUGGCUCGGUGUUUAUGCGCGUCACUCUCCCUGAAUCGAUCUUUGCCGACAGCGAUAGCGAGAGCGACUAUGACUCGGACGACUCGGAGGCAGACCAUUACACCGCCGGCCUCUCAAGCAUUGCGGACCUGUCCCAGAGUCUCCACCUCGACGAGCACACUCCACUUCUCAUUGGUGGUCCCGAGGCGGCCCGUGAAGAUCUGGAGGCUGAGCUGGCCGGCAAGGACGUGCACCGCUGGACGGUCGUGGGCUUGCUCCACAACGAGGGCUUCUGGGCAUUCGGCCUCAUCAUCGCCGGCUGUAUCGGUCCCUCGGAGACGCUCAUGGCCAGUAUUGGUUCGGUGGCCUCGUCGCUCCUCCCGCCCGACUCGCGCGCCGUCUUUGUCGAUGUCAUCAAGGCCUUUGCCUCUUGGUCCCCCAGCGCAACAGUCUCGACCGCCUUGAAGGACAGCUCGGCACUUGCCAUUCGCAACAAGCACCUUUUUAUCGUCUCCAUCGCCUCAACUGUUGCUCGUCUCAUCACCGGAUUUACAGCUGACUGGCUCGCACCCGCGCCCAUCGCUGUUCCCGCUGCGCCGAGUGACGACCCCAACGCUCCCUCCCACUAUUUCGUCCAGCGCGACCCUGUCCGCCUGCGUCGCUCUGUGUUUUGCGCCCUCUGUGCCGCCUUCCUCGCCAUUUGCUUUGCUUAUAAUGCCGCAUUCCUCGAGGAGGAGUCGCAGCUGUGGAUCUUGAGCGGUGGUGUAGGCCUGCUCUAUGGUGCCAUCUUCACCCUCACUCCAGCCAUUGUGUCGACACAUUUCGGUGCCACCAACUUUGGCCUCGCGUGGGGCAUGGUUUCGUACUUCCCCGCUCUGGGCACCGCCAUCUUCUCGUACACGUACGCCUUCCUUGCCGAGACGUCGCCGGUCCCUGGUACCGACAUCGACACGCUGGCUAUUGUGGACCCGUCGCAGUGCUAUGGCCGUCUGUGCUUUAGCAAGUCGCUCACGGUUGCUGCCAUCGGCAGCUCCAUCGCUGCUGUGGGGCUGUUUAUUAUUGGCAAGAGGUGGAAGGUGUAG